UCCAUCCCCUACAGCAUCGUCGCCUUCGCUCCCUUCUAGAGAAAACCACGACACCGAGCGGCCAGCGACAACAACACACACAAAAAAAAACCCGCAAACCCCAACCGAGGAGGAGGAGGGCGAACGUUUUCCAUUGUUUGAGUUGCCUCCAAAGAAAGUUUUCACGGUUAAAUUAAAUCCAAGUUUGGUUUAGAAUAAAACUUAGCUUGCUUUUGGGUAAGAGCGGUGUGUAACGAAGGUGAAAGUUCAACACCACCCAGCGCUUCACCGCUAAUCUCAAAUUCCGCUUGGCCGAGUUAGCGGAAUUCCAUUUAUUCCGCCCUUCGCUUGCCCGAGGUUUGACGACUAAAACGAUGGCCAUCAGCGACGGAUCGACAACGGUGAUGAAGGUGACAAAGCUGCUGCUGCUGCUUGCGGCGGUGGCAAUGAUCACGACCGUGUCGGGCGCGUCUGGCAAGAAGACGGCGGUGGAUGCGGUGGAGGUAAAGUCGGUCUCCUCGCCGGCGGAGUGUCCACGGCGGGUGGCGAGCGGUGACUUCGUGCGCUUCCACUACAACGGGACCUUGAAGGGCGGCAAGGCGUUCGACUCCAGCUACGAGAAGGGCUCCACCUACAACAUGUUUGUAGGAAAGAAGCUGAUGGUCGCCGGCAUGGACCAGGGCCUGCUGGGCAUGUGCGUCAACGAGCUGCGGACCAUCCGUGUCCCCGCGGCACUCGGCUACGGCAAGGAGGGCCUCGGCGACUCUAUCCCAGCCAAUGCGGAGCUGUUCUUCUCCGUGCUGCUCGUGGAUGUGUGGAACCCCGAGGACAAGGUGGCCGUGCACACGUACUCCCUGCCCGAACCAUGCGAGCGCAAGGUGCAGUCCACCGACUACGUGCGCUACCAUUACAAUGGCACGCUGCUCGACGGCACACCCUUCGACUCCAGUUACACCCGCAAGUCGACGUACAACACGUACGUGGGCAUGGGCUGGCUCAUCGCGGGCAUGGACCAGGGCCUUCUGGGCAUGUGCGUGAACGAGAGGCGCUUUGUUACCAUCCCCCCUCAACUGGGCUACGGAGAGUCUGGAUACGACCCCGUGAUCCCGGCGCAGGCCAGCCUCGUGUUCGACGUCCUUUUGCUGGACCUGCACAACCCAAACGACCGGGUGGACAUUAAGACGUACCUCGUGCCCGAGAACUGCACCCGUAAGACCAAGUCGAGUGACUACGUGCGCUACCACUACAACGGAACUCUGCUCGACGGGACCCCGUUCGACUCAAGCCACUCGCGCAACCGGACGUACAACACAUACCUGGGGCUGGGCAAUAUCAUCGCGGGCAUGGAGGAGGGGCUGCUGGACAUGUGCGUCAACGAGCGCCGCAUCGUCACCAUCCCGCCCCACCUUGGCUACGGAGAGGGCGGCACAGGUUCCAUCCCGGGCUCGGCCGUGCUGGUGUUCGACAUCAACCUCAUCGACUUCCACAACCCCAAGGACGAGGUGCAGACGGACUCUUACUUCCAGCCAGAGGAGUGCUUCCGCAAGUCGCGCAAGGGAGACCUGGUGCAGGUGCACUACAACGGGACCUACAUGGACGGCUCACCGCUCGACUCCUCGCACAAGUAUGGAAAGACGUACGACCUGAUACUGGGCAGUGGCCGUGUGGUACUGGGGCUGGACCAGGCGCUCACGGGAAUGUGUGUCGGCGAAAAGCGCAUGGCGAUCAUCCCUCCGCACCUGGGAUACGGCGAGCAGGGCAUCGAUGGCGACGUUCCAGGGAGCGCCGUGCUCGUGUUUGACCUGGAGCUCGUGGCUCUGCAGGAGGGCCUGCCCGAGGGAUACCUCUUCAUCUGGGACGGGGAUGUGCCCACCAACCUCUUUGAGCUCAUGGACAGCAAUAAAGAUGGCCAUGUCGAUUUGGAGGAGUUCACCGCCUACCUCAAGGCGGAAGUGGCGGCCGGAAAGGGGCGGCUCGCCCCCGGCUCGGAUCCGGACAAGGUCAUUGGUGAAAUGUUCACUAACCAGGACCGCAACAAGGACGGUCGCAUCACGGCGCCGGAAUUCAAGCUGAAGGCGGAGGAGGAUGCCGAGAACCACGAUGAGCUGUGAUGAGGCUUGGGAGCAGGAAACUACAUGAGCUGCGUUGCCUGUAUCUCUCCCUAGAAAGCAACGCGAUGUUCCCCCCCUCCCCACCCUCCCCACCCUCCCCACCCCCCCCACACUCCCCACCCCCCUACCCUCAGCUAUUCCCCCACCCUCUCUCCCUACCUGGGGUCCCCUCCUGUAUCACCUGCCCUCGCAGUCGUUUGCCCGCCCAUUCCAGCCAUCCUGCCGCCCCCCCCUACGGCUUUGCUGCUCAGGCUGUGCCACCUCCCCCAGCAGCUGUAAGCAGUCUGUCCUUCAGCCACACAGAGCCACCGUAAUUCCGUCUCGCUCGAACGUCUGCCUCUCCUGGCAGAAAUAGAUGUCGCAAACGGUGGAGCAAUCGGUCAUUUUCAAAAAAUGCAAAUGAAGAUUAUUCGCUAAGUUUCGACGCAGGCCUUAACCUCCCCGUGCCUUUCGUAUCUGUAUUGAGGAGUCCGCGUGGUUAGGAAAUGUUAAAUAGAGCCUCAUGGACGAUAUUUAAACACGGUUUCAACGGACGAGGGCGGGUGUAGUUGUUGGACAUGUUGUGGAAAAUUCAAAAGCACGUGUGAUGUUGCCAUUUUUUAAAACUAUAUUUUAAUACGUUUUUUUGUUUAAUAUGGUCUUUUAAAAAUAUGCAUCGUUAAAGAUGUAUUCAUGGUUUUGUUUUGUUUACAUGGGAAUCCUCCUGUGUCCAAAUAAUAUUUCGAAAGGGUUCUGCUGUGGGGAGUUUGUCCAAUUUUUGUUUUAGUUUUUGCAUGUGGUGUUAUUAGUAGAAGGGGAGAACAAUUAAAUUCAGCACUGAUAAUUCAGCAACUUACUUGCUGUACUGCCUCUAUCCUGCAGGUGUCUCUCAGGCUCCAGCUGUUUUUUUAAAAUACAAAUGCAGUAAAAAAGAAAAAAAAAUUGGCAGAAAUGUACAAUGUCAGAAUAUCAGAAUGUCCAGGAUUAUUUUCAGUUAAAAGUCUGGAGCGGAGAUGGGCGAUUUGGCCUUUAUCCAGCGGUGGAUUCAAAAUUGCUAUGAUGAAAGGUGCUGAAACAUUAAUGGAGUAUAAAAAAUAACGGUGCGGUUUGCGGAGCCUAAUUCAUGCGUUUGCAUGAGUAAAGUUUCUUGCCAGUGUUAUAGAAUAGGUCACAGCUGCUAUUUUCUGCAGAUGUGUCCAUUGUUGUGGCAAUGUUGAAGUUGUACCCCUGUGUACAGGUCUGUGUGCUAUGCAAAUAACUUGCAACAUUUCUGUGAAAUCCGAGUGUCGUUUGGGUUUCAGGUAGCAAUGCGCAGCUUUACGCCCACAUUUGAUGGGCAUUCUUUUAAGUGUUUUUCUAAUCAAUUCUGUUAUUCUUGAACAUUGAACCUUCUUUUUUAUUUCACCAAAUUAAAGUGCCUACCCUUGAAUAAAACAGUGUAUGGUUUUAACGUCCCACA